AUGAUUCGCAGCGCGAUGCUAGGCUCCAUCCGCACCAGUUGGGAGCAGGGCACCGCUUCCCAUGGUCUGAUGGAAUUUGACAGUCCGCAAUUCAGCGUGUUUGGAGGAACCUCAUUCCCUCCAGGUCCAACCCCUUUCACCUUCGACCUGUCCGCGUUCCCCGUGUCAACCAUUCAGCUUGCCGUCUCUGCCGUGACGCGUCAAAGCGCGGAUGGACGUCUGUCCCAAGUGAUCGGCGAUGGGCUAGAUGGUGCCGCACUAGAUGGUGCCUCUGCCGGGAGUGCAGUUCUCCUUGGUUCCCUCGUCGACCAGAACCGUCAUACCUACUUCCUGAAUGCCGCGAACGCCCAGCUCAACUACGUCCUCAAUGUCGCACCCCGCAUGCCGAAUGGGGCGAUCUCCCACCGGGCGGCGUCUCGCGAGUACUGGGCCGACGGCGUGUACAUGGGCUUCCCGUUCAUCGCCUACUACGGAGCUGUGACGAAGAACCAGACGCUGCUGCAGACGGCGUACGAACAGUGCAUGCUAUACCGCGAGGCGCUGUUCGAGCCAAACUACGGGAUGUGGGGACAUAUCUACUCGGCAGAUACGAAUUCCUGGUCGGACGAAGGCAUCUGGGCAUCGGGCAACGGCUGGGCGGCGCUUGGGAUGCUCCUUGUCGCGAGAACCAUCGAGACGUCUGCUUUUGGCUCCCAGAUGACCAACCAGACCACGGACCUCCAGAACUGGAUCAAGGAGAUCUUAAUUGGCGCUUUCAAUAAUGCCAACUCGGACGAUCUCCUCCCGGACUACUUUUUUAACACCGGCGUUUCCUUCUCCGACGCCUCCGCUUCAGGGGCAAUCGCGGCCGCAGCAUACCGGGCCAUGACCCUCUGGCCCUCCGUUUUCCCCUCCCACACCUUCCUCAAUCCUGCAGAGAAGAUCUUCAACACUAUCGUGCCCGGUGUCGACGAGCUGGGACUUGUAAACCCUGUUGUGGACCCUCUGAAUUGGAGUUCAAUAGGCACGGUCAGCACAGAGGCGCAGGCUUUUGCGUUGAUGAUGAGUGCCGCGAAGAGGGCGUAUGAUUCCAAGGCAGGUUUAGCUGAUGUUGUCAAGAGGAACAGACGUAUGCAUAAGUUCAGAGCGUGA